CCUAUCUAUGGCAGGUUCGCAUAGCCGGGGGAAUAACCAGCCAUCUAUUUUUGGAUUCGAUAGUGACCUCUUUUUUCCCCCCUCUUCAUUUCUCAGUUAUUGUGUUGAUUUAGAUUUUUCAGUUGAUACCUGUUGGGUUAUUUAGGUCUCGGGGAGGCUUGUCUGAGCCGAGAGCAUCGUAGCGGGACAUCAACGGCGGCGAGCGUCUAGAUCUGCGCUUCUCAAUGGAAGACAUUUUUCCACUCGCUCCGAGCGAUGGAGUGAAGCGCACAUUCGUACCGUUUUUUCACUUAUAUUCCGCAUCGACGAGUGAGGGACUCUUAGAUGAAGAUUUUACUGACUAUUUGAAGAAGACAGAAACCCACUUAGAAGACCAACCUGUCGAGCUGUGACGCUUUUGGCGGGGUUUAUUUAGGUUAUUCUAAGGGACUGAGCCGUUUGGACGCCCUGAAAGGCUCCUGGUGUCGCUGUGGAUUUCUGCUGGGGACCAAAUCAGCAGCGGGGCUCAGGUUGUGACACAUGGAUUUCACAAAAAGGUGGAUGAAUUAGAAGAUUCAGUUUCCAGCAGAAGUGACACUCUUUAACCCUCUCAAAGCUCUUUGUCUUCACCAGUCAAAGAGCUUUUACUCCACUUCUUCUACCAUUCCACCUCCUUCUGCCGAGCCUCCAAAGGCAUCAUGGGUACGGUGCUGUCGCUGUCUCCCAGCUACCGCAAGGCGGCGCUGUUUGAGGACGGCCCGGCCACGGUGGGCCACUACACGGCCGUCCAGAACAGCAAGAACGCCAAGGACGCCGCGGCGGCGGCCAAGUCUCUCAAGCGCCCCUCUAUUAUUAGUUCUUUGCCAUGGAAACGGAUCGUGGCAGUAUCGGCCAAGAGGAAGGGUUCCAAGAAGCUCCAGUCAGAAGUGGGGGACGGGGGCAAAGCCAGCUCUCCGGAGGGCCACGCCGCCGCCACCACCGGGUCGGCCUCCGACAGCCUGAAGCUGAAGAAGUCUCAGUCGUGUGCUAACCUCUCGUCUUACUCGUCCAGCGUAGACCCCUCAGCCGUCGGCACCACUACCUCCUCCAACCUCCCCGCCUCCAAGACCCUGGCAAACGUAGCAACUGUUGUUGCCAAGAAGAAUUCCCUCACCGGACCCGGGAUCCAAGCUUCCACUGCUGCCGGCACGCCCAAACGGGUCAUCGUCCAGGCCUCCACCAGCGAGCUGAUGCGCAGCCUGGGCGAGUUCCUGUGCCGCCGGUGUUACCGGCUGAAGCGUCUGUCCCCGACGGACCCGGUGCUGUGGCUGCGCAGCGUGGACCGCUCCCUGCUCCUGCAGGGCUGGCAGGACCAGGGCUUCAUCACCCCGGCCAACGUGGUCUUCCUCUACAUGCUGUGCCGGGACGUGGUGUCGGCCGAGCUGGCGUCGGAGCGCGAGCUGCAGGCGUCGCUGCUCACCUGCCUCUACCUGUCCUACUCCUACAUGGGCAACGAGAUCUCCUACCCGCUCAAGCCCUUCCUGGUGGAGGUGGAGAAGGAAGCCUUCUGGGACCGCUGCCUGGAGAUCAUCAACCGCAUGAGUGGCAAGAUGCUGCAGAUCAACACCGACCCGCACUUCUUCACCCAGGUGUUCGCUGACUUGAAGAAUGAGAGCAAGAAGGAGGAGGAGAAGACUAAACUCCUCAUAGGCCUCGACCGAUAGGAGGGAGCUGGGAGGGGGUCAGAAAGAAGUGAAAGGAUAGAAAGUUACUAGUCCACAGUAUAGAAGACCAAUGUGAAGCAGUAUAGUCCUACCUUGGAGCAGUACUCGUGUCUGGUGUCUCUGUUGGUUUAUAAUUCAUCUCAUUUCCUUUUUGUCACCCAGAGGGGAAAAACCUCUGGAAGUAAAAAUGGUAUUUAAAUCAUUGGAGUUGAUAAAUGAGGCACUAAACCUGAAAAGGUUUGCAGUAAAUGGUCCGUAGUGCCUCACCUGAGGCAAUUUAACCCCGACAGAGCAGAUAGGAUCUGUGUUGCAGUGGUGCUGACUCAGCAUCAGGCACAUCAGCCGACAUGACUGGAUCUGAUUACGACCUCACGACUGACAGGCUGCUCGUCGUACACCCACCCAGCCGCUCGGCUCAGAAUAACACGUUUUUAAGCUGAGAUACGAUCAUUAGCUUGUCAGCGACAGUGAGACGGGGCCCGGGCAACGACAGCCAGGCUGGAUCUGUCAGAGGUCUCGCUGGGACGUUACCCAGCGUUUUAGUUCCAUAUCUGUCACGUUCUGGUCCGGGAGCAGACUCAAGCAUCACGCAGACCUGCGUCUGGUUGCAGUGAGAUAAGAAAUCAAAUCUGAAAUUCGCCAAACACACACACACACACACACACACACACACACACACGCAUUUAUGAUGCCAGUUCAAAGUCUGGACCCACUUACCAAUUCAUUUCAACAAGACGAGAUUCAUUUGACAGCCACUUAUUUUAUAAGGGGAGUCAUGUCCUCGUACACGACCACUGGUGUGUCAACUCAGCUUCUUAUUCCUGCUCGUCUGCCCAGAUUUAAUUUACUCAAAGUUGCUCAGUGAGGACCUCUGCUGACAACUUUAGACACUGUAGCAGAGUUAAAAAGGCCAUUUGGGAGGGGGGGCUUCAGUAUUUCUGACUUCAUAAACUAUCUGAGAAGUAAUGUGUGGUGUAUUUUGAGGUACAUGAUGUCAUUUUAAUUACUUCAUGGCAUUAAUUUGUCAGCAGCAGCCACAGGACUGAGUUCUGCAGACACACAAAUACAACAAAUAUUUGAAACAUGGCCGCAUCGUUCAUGGCAGUUUCUCUUUAAAGUUAUCAGCAUCCAGAAACCUCCAAGGUUUUAUGAGCUUCUAAUGUCAGAAAUUUCAUUUUACAAAUUAACAUUUUUGAUUUUCAAAGGUCUAAACUUCUACAGUCAGAGUUUCUGAGUUACUUAAGUAAAUAAGUAAUAAAGUGACUUUUAGCGACUCUGAAACUCUCAAUUUAGAAACUGACCAUUUCUGACUUAAAAUCUCAGAAAACUUGGCGAAACAAUCUGUGACUGAGUUUCUAAUCUCGUAUGUUUGCAGUAAUCUCUCCUGGAUUACAUCACAGACGCUACGUAUCUGAGACAAAAUGCUUGCAUUUAAUGUCUUGAUGAAAUUUGGAUCUAGCAAAAAGGAAAUAAGCUUUGAAUCUAAAUACCACGAUAAUCAUCAAUAUCUACUGCUUUGGCUUGUGAUAUUCUGAAUUUAAGAAGUCAUCAUUUUGGACUCUUUUUCCUAUAUUUUUUAAUUUCCGCCUCCACUUUACCCCAAUUUGUUUCCCAAAUGGCCCUAACACACCGUCGUGUGGAUGAGGUAUAAGUCAACUCCACAACAAGCGCUAACACUACGCAGUCCAGUCUAACUAGAAACCAUCCACAUAUUAUACAAAGUACUGUAAUUUUAAGGGUUUAUCCAGUAAAAUCCUCCAGGAACUGGGGGACAGCUGGUUUUACGCCGAGAGGUAUGUGAAAUGUUAGCCGGGCACAGGUGAACAAUCGUUAAGCUAACCCUCCCGUAAAAUGUUUACAUUUAGGAAAACAUGGGAAAAAUGCAAUACUGACCUUUUCCAGGGCACAUUUUAGUUCUCUUUCCCUGCACUUUUAUCCGCACUCCACAUUGGUGCUGAAAGAAAGAAAGAAAGAAA